AUGCGUUUCUCCGACCGAAUUCCCCUCCUCGCAUCGGCUCUCCUCGCGAUACCCUCUCUAUCAUCCGCCUUUUAUCUUCCCGGUGUUGCUCCCACCUCCUAUGAUAAGGAUCAAUCCGUACCGGUCUUUGUCAACAGCUUGACCCCCGGACUAUCGCGCGAUGACCAGCUUCAUUCCGUGUUCUCAUUCGAAUACUACCACACGGCAUUCCAUUUCUGUCGCCCUCAAGAUGGCUAUAAGGAUGUGAGAGAAUCGCUUGGGAGCAUUCUCUUUGGAGACCGCAUCUAUACCUCUCCACUCGAGGUCCAUAUGGCCAAAAAUGAGACGUGUCAAGCGAUGUGCGAGCAAGUGACAUUCGAGGACCGAGAUGCCAAAUUUACCAACCGUCGUAUUGCUCAGGGAUACAACAUCAAUUGGCUCAUUGACGGACUGCCAGCGGCCCAGCUGAACCUGGAUGCCAACACUGGCACGGAAUUCUACAACCCGGGAUUCGCCCUGGGAAGUUUAGAUGAAAAUGGUGUCGCUUUGCUCAACAACCACUUUGACAUUAUCAUCGAUUAUCACCGUGUCGGUUUCGGCGGCAAGGACAAAUACCGCAUCGUCGGAGUGCUCGUUCAGCCCGAUAGCCGCAAGGAUGCCCGUCCCGGGGCUGCCGAAGGGGAAGACGCAAACUGUGGCACUCGUGGGGAGCCGUUGACUCUCAGCGAGGAUGGGGAUACUACCGUUACUUGGACCUACAGCGUGAUCUGGAGAGAAUCGGGAACCGCCUGGGCCACCCGUUGGGACAAGUACCUGCAUGUCUACGACCCGAAGAUUCACUGGUUCUCGCUGAUCAACUCUGCCGUCUUUGUCGUCUUCCUUGUUGGAAUGGUGAGCAUGAUUCUGGUUCGUGCUCUCAAGAAGGAUAUUGCGCGCUACAAUCGACUCGAGUACAGCCUGGACGAUCUUAAUGGCACCUCGGCCGCGGUCGAGGACGGUAUCCAGGAAGAUUCCGGAUGGAAGUUGGUCCAUGGCGAUGUAUUCCGUUGUCCCAAGUCUCCUCUGCUGUUGAGUGUACUUCUGGGCAAUGGCGCUCAGCUCUUCAUGAUGACUGGUGUGACUGUUGUCUUUGCACUCUUGGGUCUUCUUUCCCCUGCCAACCGCGGUUUCCUGGCAACUGCCAUUCUCUUGAUCUCCGCCGUCUUCGGCGCAAUUGGUGGAUAUGUUUCAUCGCGUGUGUACAAGGCCUUUGGCGGCGAGGCAUGGAAGCGCAACAUUGUCAUGACUCCGCUGCUGAUCCCGGGAUUCAUCUUCGGCGUGUUCUUCCUCCUGAAUUUGUUUGUUUGGGCUAAGGGCUCUAGUGGAGCUGUUCCUUUUGGCACGAUGCUUGCGCUGCUUUUGAUUUGGUUUGUGAUCAGUGUCCCACUAAGUGUGGUUGGUAGUUGGAUUGGAUUCCGUCAAGCACCCCUUGAAGGCCCGACCAAAACCAACCAAAUUCCCCGUCAGGUGCCCAUAAUGUCCGGAAGCCUCCGCACGAUUCCCUCUAUUUUCCUGACGGGCAUUCUUCCUUUCGGGGCCAUCUUUGUUGAGUUGUAUUUCAUCAUGACUUCACUCUGGACCAACAAGAUUUACUACAUGUUUGGCUUCCUGUUCCUGUGUUACGGGCUGAUGAUUAUCACCUCCGCGGCCACGACGAUCCUGCUGGUGUACUUCCUGCUCUGCGCGGAGAACUACCGGUGGCACUGGCGCGCGUUUGCCGGAGCCGGUAUGACGGGAGGAUAUGUUUUCCUCAACGCACUCAUCUUCUGGGCGACGCGGGUGAGCUUUGGUGGACUGACGGGUGCGGUGCUCUAUGUGGGCUACUCGGCGCUGAUUGGAUUCGUCGUUUUCAUUCUCACGGGCUCGAUUGGAUUCUUUGCUAGCUGGGCAUUUAUCCACCGUAUUUACGGAUCGAUCAAGGUGGAUUAG